AUGGACCUAUCUCUAACACUGCCUGACCUCUCGACCAAGGCAUAUACACACUUACUGCCGCUACUGGAAAGGGCUGGCAUUACGCUCAAGGAACUGCUAGUUCUUGAUGCUCUCGAGAUUGCGAAGGCUUCUCGCGCACCGGUCACAGAUAUUCGAAAGUUUACCGCACAUGUUCUUGAUGCUCUCCGCCAGGAUCUUGGGCUGAGAAAUGAACCACGAAAUAAUGGAGGUAACAAGACAUACCUGCUGAAACCGGGAGGCAAUGGCGACCGCAGUGCUAGGGAUGACACGGACUGCAGCUCAGUAGUUGGGAAUGGCGCGUCCAAAGUGCUCCAUCCCCCCGUGACAGGACAAAUCAGUACUCUCGAUCCAAUACUGGAUUCUGCUUUGUCUGGAGGCAUAUCAACUGGAUAUCUGACUGAAGUGACCGGAGAAAGUGGUGCUGGGAAGACUCAGUUUCUGCUCCACCUACUUCUCUCAGUCCAGCUGCCAGCACCCCAUGGCCUGUCCAAAAAUGCGUUGUAUAUAUCAACAGAGUCGGACCUAGCUACUAAUCGGCUGAGCCAACUCAUAAAUGAACACCAGACUCUCCAGGCUCUGCAUCCCGAGACUCCUCGCCCAUCCUUGGAUAAUAUUUACUCGGUUACUACCGUCGACCUUGAGAGCCAAGAGCACAUUAUCAACUACCAGAUACCAGUAGCGAUUUCACGCUAUAACAUAGGAAUUAUCAUAAUCGAUUCUAUAACGGCGAAUUACCGUGCUGAAAGCUCCACAGAGAGUGUAUCCGGGCUCCUUGAGCGAUCCGGCCAACUGAAGAAACUGGGUCACUUUCUCCGCACCUUGGCCGUGACGCACAAUAUUGCGGUAGUAGUGGCUAAUCAGAUAUCGGAUAGUUUUGAAAGUUCACUCCACGAUCCCUUUCCAGAGGAAUCCCGUGACUAUUCGGGGAGUCCUCUAGAGGCAUCUUCUCCCAGCGCCGUUCCAUCUUUCGUCCCAGCAUCUCAACCCUACCAGCAACCAAAAUCAGCCGAGAACCAUUUACCUCGAGGUCCUUCGGCCAAUUCACCUCAAUUAAAUUUAGGUACUUGUGAGCAACAAGAGGAUAGGUGCAAUAUCCCGGGGUUUAAUUUACUACUCAGCCUCGAUUAUCAGCAGCAAUUUUUUACAGGCUGGGCGCAGACGCCUCACUCAUACCCAAGUGGUGGACCGCUUGGAAUAUCUAAAGGGUUUAAAAUUCCUGCGUUAGGGCUCAUAUGGACAAAUCAAAUCGGGUGUCGAAUUGUUCUGAAAUCAAAAAGCUCGUUUCAACCGGCAGGUAGUUAUCCACCGAUGCUGGCGGUCCAAAAUUCAAACAUCGAUAUGCACAGUACGAAUCAAGAUGAUUCAACUGAACCUGUUACAGAUCCGGGUGAAAAGAGUGCAGUCAAGUACAACGAUCUUGAUCCUUCUGGUAAGGGUCAAGAAACUGGGGUUCAGAAGGCUGCAGAACAUGACCCUACACAACCCUUACAAUCAUCUCAGGAAAGCUUUGCUAUUUUGGAAGAUGAGUCUUGGAGUGACUAUAUGUCCGUACCUGCUUCGCAGUAUCGAGGACGACUGCGGCAGAUGGUGGUUGUAUUUUCACCAUGGACUUCAGGAAAUCCAGAACAGAACAGUAGCUACGGUUCUGGCAAUAGGGAUACUCCCGAGGAGGGUCAAUCGUCUAUCAAGACAAUGUUUGACCCAAUGUACAAUUCAGCGGAGUUUGAAAUCCUACCCCAGGGACUGAGAGGCCUAACCAGGUCAGCCACUUAUAUAUAG